CCCCGAUGAGGGCCCAGUUUGUGAUUCCCAAAGCAUUCAGAGAUAGAGCUCAGCCGCUUUGACAAUGGUGACAUGGAUGCUGAUCGCCUCGAUUUGGCUGCCAGGGCUCGGGCGCGGCGAGACUGUGGACGACUGCAGCGGCUGUGGCAGCUUCCCGCGUGUUUGCGACGAGGUCGAGCACUGCAUUGAACACUGUGGGUCCUUGCACUCCUACGCUGAGCACUGCGCGAAGCUCAGGGCCUUCGAAGCGAACGCCGUGAACGGGCAGUCCGACUCGCCGAUCAGGCGAGCUGAGGCCCAGCACAAGGCCCAGCCAGCGGCGCUGCAGGAUGAGUCAGAUGAACGGACUGUCAUGAAGAAGAUGAUGUCCCCUGGCGGCCUGGGACCUCGCCGCGCUGAAAUCUAAUCACACCACGUCGUGUUGCUGUGAUGGUUCAGAGGUUGCCGUUGAUGACGAUUGAUGAGAAGAAGGCUGCCAAACGGCACCUGUCGCAUGAAGACCGUGCGGUACGGUGCGCUUGUAUAUAGGACUGGGUUUGCAUGAUUGACCAUGAUUA